AUGGAGCUUCCCUCAGAGGCUCUCCUUGGGACCUGCAGCCACUGUCAGAGGCUCCUGCUCACAGCCAUCCUGCUUGCCUCCAUGGCAACUGCUCAACUGGAUCUCUCCCCUAAGAACCCAGACUGGGUGGAGGGAUAUCGAUUCAUCUGGAGAGUCAGCGGGGCCCCCACCGGUGAUGUCAACUAUACAUGGUACCGGGGGGACAGAACCAUGGAAACAAACAUGCUGGUCUCAUAUAUCUCCUCCCCUCCAAGCUGGAUCACUGGCCCUGCAAACACCGGACGGGAGAACGUGACUGCUCGGGGCUUCCUGAAUAUCACAAAAGUAGAGAUGAGGGACGCUGGGAAUUACACAGUAGUGGUGACCAGCCCUGAGGGAUCGCAGGAGGCCACUGGACAGAGCAGGGUCUGGGAGAACCUGCUCCAACCCAACAUCACAGUAAACACCACCUCGGCAGUAGAGUUUAUGGACAUUGUGAACUUCACGUGCUAUCCCAGAAACAGCGGCAACAUCCAGAUUCAGUGGUACCAGAACUACUGGCCAGUGUCACAGGGAGAUCAAUGGACUCUGUCCCCAGACAACAGGACCCUCACGGGCUGGGUCACUCGCUUCCAGAGAGGGCCCUUUUACUGCCAAGUGUCAAACCCGAUCAUCUCAGAGAGGAGCCUCUCAAAGUCUCUGGAUAUAUACUAUGGGCCAGAUUCCAUAUCCCUGAAAUCCUCCCCUCCGACCUACGGCGGCAGAAUCGAAUCUCGACUGGGCUACGGCGUGGAAAUGGUGUGCAGCACGAGUUCAAAGCCCGCAAGCCGCUAUCGAUGGCUUCACAAUGGCAUUGCUCUGGAGAGCACCACCAGCAUUUACAACAUCAGUGCCAUGUCCUGGGCAGAUGUGGGCACUUAUAGGUGCAUUGCAGAGAACCCCAAGACCCAGAUAGUUCUCUAUUCAACUGUCAGCCUCAGAGUUUAUGAGGACUCUCAUUUCCCAAGUGGGAUUCCCUAUGUCCUCACCCAAAGACUUGUCAUAUUCUUCAGCAUUGGUGUCAGCCUGGGCCUGUUAAGUCUCAUAGGAGCCUUGACCUUCUACCUGGUCUCCAGACGGUACUGUGUCAUGUUGGGUUACUGGGGGCAGCGGGAUUGGAAGGGGAGGACGGGCAGGGACAAGGGGAAAGCGAUCCUGAAGAGAAAUCCAUCACCCCGUGUUUCAUCUACCAUGCGAUAG